AUGCAGGCUUCAAAACACUGGCUGGAUUAUAGUGAGGCAUUCAACUCCCUGUCGCCUAGAGACAUUGAAACAACGGCGUUUUGCAAUUGGGAUAACAUGUCGUGGUCAGAUACAACGCAGGCUUCACGACUCAGUCAUGUUGCCGCUCCAGAUGACUUCGGCUGGCUACACUCUACCGAGAGCCUUGAUCCGCUACCGUCCGAUGUCGAUGAGAAUAAUGGCAAGCUUCAAGUUGGUCAACACCUACUAGCCAACCCCGCUUCUCAAAUCUCGGCACAAAGCCAUUUCACUCAACAACAAAGUGCCUCUUACCAGUGCGAACUCUCCGGUUUUGACGGCACAGUUUCAAAUUUCUUAGCCGAAGUCGAGUUCAGGGAGGAGGGCCGAAGUACGGGCUCCAGGUCCAGAGCAGUCAGCCAUCUCGACGGUAUCACCCGCACCACAAGCCCAAAUUACUCGAUAUCACCCUGGAGCCUCACACAGGGCGCACUAUCCCCCUUUUCGAUUGAUCAGAGCCUCUCAAAUUCAUUUCAUAGGCACUUAACCUCCUCAAACUUGGUCAAGAUCUACCAUGAUGUGCUUGAGCACCACCUUUCGUGCUGGCUGGUCGAGAUGACUUGUCCGUAUCGACAGAGCCUCGACUCAGCGAGCGUUGCUGCGCUUGCGCCAGAGUGGAAGACAUCGUGGACAAAUAGAAUUCUACAGCGUACCGUCAGACUCGAUAACAUCGCAAACUCGUACAAAGUGCUGGACAUGACACCUUCUGAGCAGAAAGCAGCUUCAAACGCCCUGAAGCUUGCGGUGCUAGCAUUUGCUACACAAUGGGCCCAGGGUAGCGCAAGAGCUAGGAGGAGACACUCAGAUUCAUCCCAGAGAGGUGCCUUGGGCAGUUCGGAAGACGAGUUUGAUCGGACACUGCAACGAUAUUUCUGGACUAACGCUCAUCGUGCAUUACAAGAUGUUACAGAACUUGACUCGUACCAGGUUGCGUGCGCAGAAAUUAUCUUUAGCAUGGCGCAGAGGCCUUGGGAAAAUGCACAACAGGCUGAACCCGAGACAGAAACACAGUCUUGGCCAUCCAUCCGAUCUCAAGUUCAGCAUAUAAUUCACAGGGAUGGCCCGCCCACUUACGCAGAGCGGGCAGCUAGGAGGAUGCAUGCUUUGAAGGCUAAGUGUGACUCGAUAAAUAAAGGCUUCCGAUCCAAGGAUAAGCAAUUGAAUCACGGCAUUACAGCCAUGGCUCGCGAGGACAGAGAUACAAUAGGCCUGCUCUACUGGCUCGCCAUCAUGUUUGACACAGUUGCUGCGGCAAUGUACGAACGGCCCAUUGUCGUAGUUGAUGAGGAGUGUCGAUAUGAUGUUCAAAGGGGUGUUGAGUCAUGCAAUGGUGCCACAGGUUCCUACAGAUGGAACUAUGAAGUCUUCCUGCGGACAGACAGCGAAAUCUGCCACAGGACCCAAUGGCCAUGCUCAUACGAGGAGGCCGCCAAAGACAUCAUGACAUCAGGUCCCGUCAAAGUUCUCCUGUUUCGACAUGUGUCAUAUCUACAAAGCGCCUUACGGCAGUCAGCCCCAGGCCGUCAAUUGGAGGACAUGAUCUUUAACGCAGCCCUGAUCUAUGAUUACUGGAACAGGAGACAUGGAGUGUUCUUCAAGGAAAUGGUUCAGGACUUCCCAAACGUGCCUCAGCGCAUCCGGGAUGUCAUCGAAUUCAUUGAUGACAACGAUUUGGGCUUGGAAGAUGCAAAGAACAAGCGUCUGGCUGCGGGAAUGGUGGCUCGAAUGAGGGAGAACAGCACUUUGGAGCUUGCUGGGCUGGGGAAUGUGGCCACAAUCCCCAGCUACGUUGACGCACCACCUGAGUCGCCCGAGUUUCACCCUGCAUUGAACGAUGGCACUAUUCUCACUGAGCCAUGGACAAUGAUCCUCAUUAGAGCCUUCUCAAAGGCUAGUAUCCUGUCCCUAGAGGAGGCUGAGAACAUGCGAGAUGCUAGAGGCACGUCCACGUUCGUCGUUGGGUUCAAAAACAAACUGCAGGAGGCUGAAAGCUGCAUCAAGGCAUUAUGUUUGUUGGGGAAGAAGUCCGAUAUGGCUGGAGACCUUGCUGAGGCGCUGCAGCAUGCCAUGAUCAAUGUGCGUACCGGGUUUAUUAGACAUAUGAUGUAA